UGGCUUGAGCAAAAAGAGACUCUUCUUUGCCCGCGGGCUGUACCAGCUGUCAUCAUGGAUUCAAUGUUUGCCUUGACUAUGAACGCUCCAUUGUCUUCGCUUUCUCCACGAGCUCCAGUUCUGCGGAUUCGGCUCGAUGAACGGCGGAUUCGGCGGCGGAUUCACCGGAAGCGGUAAUGUGCAACUUGGAACGGAUGAGUCACACAAAGAUGCCGAUGCACCGCCUUGUCGCCCUGCUCCAAGCACUGGGACCGGAAGAGCGGCUCAUGGUCAUUCAAGACAAACUCACACAGGCACAGCGCCUUGCACUUGAGCAGUGGAUGCUCAAAAAGCGUGCUACUGCAGGGUGCAAAGCAAACUUGAAGCCUCAAGGACUCCGCAAGAGGAGGACUCUUCAGAGCAGCCAGGCCAAGCGGCUUGUUGAGCAAGACUGCUGUGAAAGAGGGACCUCUUCUGGGCGCCAUGUGGUGCACCUAGGUCGUGGCUUUUAUGCUCAAGCCAAACUUUCGGUUGCUUCUCAACAGGUAUUGAAGAGCCUGAGAGAAUCUGUUGCCAUGCUUGCAAAAACCUCAGCAUUAUCAAGUGCAUGAUUCUCUGAGGAUCUAAUUUGCUCUUUCAGGCGCUGCCAACAUCAGCAGGCGGUGCCAUUCACCGACGUUCAGUGUCAUUCGCUUUGGACAUCGCUUUGACGCAUUCCUUCAAUUGUGAUCACCCCUAGGGUGGUACUUGGGGUAUCCUGGGAUCUCUCGACCGAAAGGAUGAGACAGAUCCUGUGCAUGAGACAGUGUACUGCUGAUUUGGGGUGGGUGAAUCAGCUUUAGAGGACAUGUUGCUAGGUUCACUGCGCAACACCUGUGCGAUUUGCUUCAUUUGCAGUUCGGCUUCAACAUCCCAUCAACUCUACUGAGCACCAAGUGACCUCACGAGCUCAAGAGGUUUGGACUUCGAAGAUGCCGUGGCAGAUUUUGUCGCCAAGGCUGGAGGCAAUCCUGCAUCACCGUCGCUGCUGCUUUUUCGUUCGCGAAUCACGUUCUCCCGCAGUGUGCGGCUGUCUACACCGCUGAAAGGAGAUCUGGCCGAAGCGCUGAGAGAUUGGCGCACGAUGCGGACGGCCCGUGGCGAAGUUUGCACCAAGCGCAUGGAGGCUCAGGAGCUUGAGGAAAGGUGGAGGAGGACGCAUGCAGCCCUCGCUUCACUUUGGGAACAGCAGCAAAUCAAGCCAGGGCGCAAGCGGAGGCAGGUGCCACAGGAGGGCACUGCUUCAGUGCCUUCCUUGGCUCGAAUUGCAAACGCCAGGGUGAAGCAGCAAGAACAUGCCAGGGAGGAAAUUGAUGGGCUAUUAGCCCAUCAGCCUGCUAAAGGCCGAGAACCUCGGCCUUGGCCGGAAGCGGGUUCAAUUCUAGGCCGGGCUGGCGACCUUCGGCGAGUGAGAGCGGCGGACCGGUGUCGGUCACCGGACACCGGUGCUUGCAAGAGGUCGGAGUCGCUGGCCCAUGGCCCUCGGUGUUUUGGGGCUGACCAGAUGGUGUGACGAGACGGUUUUUGUUGGCUUUGAGGUGCC